UAAUUAUUGAAAGGUCUUCUUUUUUCUCAGAGGAUUUGAACUCCAAGACCAUCCCGCUCACUCACACUGCCCCUCUCUCUCUCUCUCUCUCUCUCUCUCUCUCUCUCUCUCUCUCGGAGCUAUCAUUUUUGUUCUCCCGGAGGAGAUUAGAAGAUGGAUUCAGGAUAUGUUCAUAUGGAUUCAAUUUAAUGCUUUGUCCUGUUCUUCCCCGAGACUUCUAAGUUCUAAACAUGAGGAAAGAAAACCUGGUUACUGCUAAGAGCUGUGAGCCUACUGCUCCAUUAACACGUGCAAGAGCUGCUGCCUUCCGUGCAUCUGGACAGUUGCCUCCUCUGAAAGCUCCUAUACCACAAACUCAGAAGCGAAAUUUGCGGGGAAAUUCAAAAGGUACCGAUUUGGAUGAGAACAACAAUCAUGCUCCCGGUGAUGCAUGUCUUCAGCACAAGAGGAGGGCUGUGUUUCAAGAUAUCACCAAUAAUUGCUGCACAGGCUCAUAUAGAAACUGCUUAAAUGCAACUAAAAUCCAGGCUAAGAACAGAAAAUCUACUAAUAAAGGUCAGAUAAAGGUUUGCAAAGUGGCACCUUCAGUUGCUCUAGAAAGCCCACAGUUUCAAGCUGGUUUGAAAACAAACACUCUUCAAGAACCGGUGGAGGUAGAACCUAAAUCAAAAGAAGUUAUAAGUUCAAUUGAUUUGAAAGAAAGUGUACCUCUGCAAUUGAGUAUCAUAAAAGAGCAUCGCCUAUAUGAUCAUCAACUUGAAUUUCAGAGUUCUUGUGUGUCUUCUCACCUUCAGAGUUCUCCAAAGAAAGUCAAAGAUGGCCCCUUGGGAGAUAUGAUUGUAUCAAGCAAUCCAGAGAUUCUUGACAUUGAUGCAGACUACAAGGAACCUCAAUCAUGCAGUGUCUAUGCUUCUGAGAUUUACAACCAUUUACGUGUUGCUGAGCUUGCCCGGAGACCAAGUCCUAAUUACAUGAAAACAAUACAGCAUGAUAUUACUCAAAGCAUGCGAGGGAUUCUGGUUGAUUGGCUUGUAGAGGUAGCUGAAGAAUACAACUUGGUGCCAGAUACACUCUAUCUCACAGUUCAUCUCAUCGACUCAUUUCUGACUCAAAAUUACAUAGAAAGACAGAGACUUCAACUUCUGGGGAUCACUUGCAUGCUAAUCUCCUCGAAGUAUGAGGAAAUUUGUGCACCCCAUGUGGAAGAGUUCUGCCUCAUCACCGACAAUACAUACACAAGAAAGGAGGUAUUGGAACUGGAGAUUCGAGUGUUGAAGUAUUUUGGCUUUCAAGUAUUUGCACCCACUACCAAAACUUUUCUCAGGAGAUCUCUUCGAGCAGCACUGGCUUCUUAUAAGACCCCUAGUCUUGAGAUGGAGUACUUGGCCAACUAUUUAGCUGAGCUCACGUUAAUUGACAAUGGCUUCUUGGAUUUCCUUCCAUCUAUGAUAGCUGCAUCAGCUGUAUUUCUUGCGAGAUGGACAUUAGAUCAAUCAAGUCACCCAUGGAAUCCAACUCUAGAACACUAUACCUCUUACAAAGCAUCAGAUUUGAAGUACACAGUUCUUGCCAUGCAAGAUUUACAGUUGAACACUGACUGUUGUCCUCUGAGUGCUAUACGCAUGAAAUACAGGCAACAGAAGCAGUUUAAAUCUGUAGCUGCUCUGUCUUCCCCAAAACUGCAUGAAACACUAUUCUGAAGAUAAAAUGGCUGCUGGACCUUUACAGAAAAGGGACUGCUAACAGAUGCUUAUACUUUCCAGACGGAAGUGUCUUCUGGAUGUGUCAUUUUACUUCAGUGUUCUACGUCAUGUCUAAUCUUAUUCCUCUUUCAAAUCCAUUCAUAUAAUUCCUAACCAUUUUUAAGAUCUUUGUUUAUAGUUUGUGUGGCCUUGGGAAGGUUUCUUUAGAAGCUGUUUUGUUAGCUUUUAAUCAAAGAACCAGGGAUGUUUGGCCCAUAAAUAUGAGAUCAAGUGUAAUACGGUGACACAUUGUUCAGUUUAAAUAGCACGUCAUUAGCUGUAACCAGAGUUGAUUUGUUACAUUGUAAAGUCUGCAAGACAGGAACUAGCCGAAGCCAAAUCCUCAAUUCAAUCAGCCAAUUUUAUUUGUAA